AUGCCAGAGACGGAUUUGUCGUUUGGAAGGUCAUUACUAAGUUUGCGUCGGGACCAAGUGCACUUAAUGGACCAAACUGAGCCUACGAGCAUGGAGGUGGAGUUAGAUUCCUUUCAGAGACAAGUUGCUGAGAAAUUUAUUGACCUCAACGCCUCUGCGAAUGACGAUGAGCUCCUCUCACUUGAAUGGAUAGGAAAACUUCUUGAUUCAUUUCUUUGUUGCCAAGAAGAAUUUCGAGUAAUAAUAUUCAACCACAAGUCUCAGCUUCUCAAACAGCCAAUGGAUCGUUUGAUAGAAGAUUACUUUGAGAGGAGCAUCAAAGCUCUUGAUGUAUGCAAUGCAAUUCGUGAUGGGAUCGAGCUGAUCGGGCAAUGGCAAAAACUAAUUGAAAUCGUAAUAUGCGCUUUGAAAGCGAGCCAUGGACAGCUCGGUGAAGGAGAAAUCCACCGUGCUAAGAAAGCUUUGAUUGAUUUAGCAAUUGGGAUGCUAGAUGAGAAAGAUUCCUCUAACUCAUUGGCCCAGCGUAACCGUUCUUUCACACGUAACAAGGACAAUAAUCAACACACUGCCUAUUUAAGGUCGCUGUCUUGGAGCGUGUCUCGGUCUUGGUCAGCCGCAAAGCAGUUACAAGGGAUAGGAAAUAACUUGGCCACACCUCGAUCUAGCGAUGUCAUGGCUACUAAUGGUCUAGCCCUAACGGUCUACACAAUGACAUCGAUAUUGCUGUUUGUUAUGUGGGUUCUUGUAGCCGCUAUACCUUGCCAAGACCGUGGUUUACAAGUGCAUUUUUACUUCCCAAGGCAUUUCCAAUGGGCAGUACCAGUAAUGUCCUUGCACGAUAAGAUCAUGGAUGAAUCAAAGAAAAGAGAUAAAAAGAAAGCAUGUGGAUUGCUUAAAGAGAUUAAUCUAAUGGAAAAAAACUCGAGAAUGUUAAGUGAAAUGAUUGAUUCAGAUAACUUCUCAUUAACCGAUGAGAAUGGGUUAGAAAUGAAGGAGAGAGUGGAAGAGUUGAUGCAAAUACGUGAAUCUGUGAAAGAGGGCUUGGAUCCUUUCGAAAGGAAAGUUAGAGACGUUUUCCACAGGAUUGUUCGUAGCCGCACUGAGGCACUUGAUUCCCUCCGAAAGGUUCAUGAUCAAGAAUAG